AUGUUCCUGUACCACCACGAUUUUGAUUUUCCAGUAGUGCUUACUGCCGUCAUAUGGUUUGGUCUAUUUUAUUGUUGCCUGAAGUUUGAAGGUGAACAAUCCGAUGAGCCCUCGUCCGGCGGCGCCGCACCAAGAAUCCGACACCAAAAUCCACAUUCUCUUCCCCAGCGUUUGCAACCAUUUGUUAUUCCUCUUGAACCCCGCCGCCAAGUUCCCGGCAACGCGGCGCCAGCAAUUAGGCCAGAGCAGCCGGAAUCUACAUCGGCGCGACCUCCUCUUACGGAAAUAAUUAUUGAUAUUCCGGAACACUACGAUUAUGAUAAUAAUAAGAAUACAGAAUGUGCAAUAUGUCUUGAAAGCCUAGGAUCUUAUUCUUCGACAGCGGUUCUUCCGGGAUGCCACCAUAGCUUUCAUCCUGAUUGCAUUGCUGUAUGGUUGGCAAUUCAUCGAACUUGUCCUUUGUGUCGGCUGCCGGCCGCCGCCGCCGUGAACCGAGGCGGCAAAGAUCGUGGAUGUGCAUUAUGUCGUGCUUUUUAUGUUCCGGAAACGGCAUCGCCGGGGCGGCCUUCACGGCGGACGUGGGAUGAUCUUCCGAUGUGCGGGCAUAGCUUUCAUUCUAAUUGUCUUGAUGCAUGGUUGCGCUAUUCUCAAACUUGUCCAAUAUGUAACACUUAA